AUGUGCCAUACCGAUUCGUGUAGUGAGUCGUCCAUCAAUGCCGAUAAAGAUGAAUGGCAGGUAUGGGGACCAACAGUUGGAUCAGAAAUACAUUACCCAACUUUAAGGCCAACUCAUGACCGUCCUGAUAAUACGACUGUACCGCCUCCGAAUAUAUUUCUCCCGCAUAUGCCACCGCCCCAAGAGAAUGAAACUGGUCGGAUCGAAACAUCUGCACCGGUAGCUUCUAAUCCAAGCCCAAAAUUUCUCGACGCUGGACAUGUUAACCCUCAAAAUGUUCCGCGUUCUUUACUUACCACAACGCCGUCGAGUGCAGUUGUCUUUUCUGGACCGGAGGCUAAGCGCCCGUCGCCGAUGACCCAUAUGCUUGUAUCGUCGGUCCACCGUGGAAACCGCAAAUCUCGGCGCCCGUAUCUGUUUACAGACUGCACCACUCUUAUGAGCGAUUUUAGAAAGAACCGUGAAAAACAUUGGGAAUUUUCGGAAAUCCUCGGGCAUGUCGUAGAAUUCAGUAAUGAUCAACAUGGAUCACGUUUUAUCCAAGGCAAGCUUGAGACAAUUACUGAUGAGCAAAAGCAACGCGCUUUCGAGGAAAUCCACCCGAAACACACAGAAGAAUUAAUUCAGAAUGUUUUUGGGAAUUAUGUUAUUCAAAAAUUUCUCGACCAUGGGAUGAUGGGUCAAAAAGAUGCGAUUGCCGAUGUGGUGAUACGGCGAGCGCUAGAUUUUUCGAUUCACAUAUAUGGCUGCCGGGUGGUUCAAAAGCUAAUCGAUUAUGUUCCGGAAUCUGGCCACAAAAUCAUAAUCCAACUCCUGGAAAAAGAUAUUUUAACCUGCAUCAAAAACCCUCACGGAAAUCAUGUCAUCCAAAAAAUAAUCCAGGUAGUAAAUCCUAACCUAUUAACGUUCUUACCUUCAAUAAGUGAAAACAUACUGGACCUUGCAACCCAUUCAUAUGGAUGUCGUGUACUGCAGAGGUGCCUCGAAUAUAUUUCUCCGGAAUACCUUGAAGGUCUUCUAGAAUCUAUUCAUCGCCAUACAAUCGAAUUGAUGCAAGAUCAGUAUGGCAACUAUGUUAUACAAUUCAUUAUCGAGCAAGGACGAGCAAAGGACAGAAACAUAGUAAUUUCCAAAAUAAUCAAGAAUCUUGUUGCCUUGUCGCAUCAUAAGUAUGCUUCCAAUGUUUGCGAGAAAGCCCUCGUUCACACCGAUAGCGAUGGUCGACACAAAUUAAUACAAGAAAUCAUGACGAUGGCUCCAGAUUUUGAUAAUACCAUUGUUAAGAUGAUGAAUGAUCAGUAUGCCAAUUAUGUUUUGCAGCGCUCUUUACUUCUGGUGGAAGGCAAUCAACGAGAAACUUUAUUCGCUCGAGUUAAACCUCUCGUCCUUGCACUACGGGAAGCAACCCCUCAGAAUACUAAGCGGCAAGGACCGCUUUUAUCAAUCGAACGGAUAGUGAAUGACUUUUACCAAACACAGCCGCAACGUCCUAGACAGGUUGCCGAAAACUCCGCUUGA